AUGGUAACAUACUCCUUUCUCCGUCGAUCUCCAUGGCUUCCGGCGAGAGCUGUGUAUGCUCUGCACUCACUCUCCGAAGCCCUCCGCCAUAGCAUAAGAUCCCUCUCUGUCACAGACGGAGCUCUCCUCCGGAGUUUCAUCAGAUCCGCAGAAAUGCUUCCCUCCUCCGCCGGCCACAGUUGUCGCUGGCGAGACCUUCCGAACAUACUAUGCCUUGAUCCCGAUCUGCAGCAGCUCGGCCUUCGUCAAGCCAUAAACUCUCAGCUGGAGCAGCCGGGGACGCCGAAGCCUCCGGAACCGCCUGACCCUCCAGAUCCGCCGGAUUCACCGUCGAGGCACGAGCUGAUCUCGGGUCUUUAUCCUCAGUUUCUCCCAUCUCAAUUGUCGAGAAGCUUCUCACCAUCGUGGGCAACACUGACUUUGCCGAGAUGGUUUUGGAGCAGCGCACUGAUGUCACCAGCAUCCCUCCGUAUGAUUCUCUCCUGUGGUGAUGGCCUGCUCGGGGAUCUGAGUUGGGUCAGUAUCGGAAUUGCAAAUCGGCGAAGGAGAUGCCGAAUCUGA